AUGGCCGAACAAACGAACCCAUCAACGCAGACAGUGAUGAGGCCACGUCAGCAAUCAGAUCUGCUCCAGGCCCGGGAGAAGCUGCCACGUGGCCAUCUGGGAGUGGCGGCCCUGAACGCAUGGAUGACUAUGGCGGUUACUGCAACUGGACUGGUGCUCUUCUCCCUGCUGUUCUGGGCUCCUACGGGUGCUGCUAAGGGAACCAAGGGGACAGUGUGGCUGGCGGUUACGGGUGUGCUGGGAGGGAGAGGCCUGGUGCUGGGUGGAUACUGCUGCGUGCUCUGGCUGCUCCUGCAGGGGAAAGAGCUGAAGCAAGCAGCGUGCUACGCCUCGGCAGACCUCUCAACAGCCUCCCUCCUAGCAGCCCUCUACCUCUUCUCCCCCUCCACCUCCCUCACCACCCCCAUCGCAUCCUACCUCCUCGCCCGCUCCCUUUGCGAGCUCCUCACCCUCCUAAGCACCUGGAACUGCAAGGGUCGUGAAUGGUGGACGUCUCUACUAGCCGUCUGGCCGCCUCUUUUCCUCGGAAUCAGCCUGUUUUUCUCCCAGCCGACGGGGAAAACCUGGUAUAUUGUAGCGGUUACUGGGGCGUGCUGUAUGGUGGACGGGGCGCCGCUGUGGGUGGCGUGUGUGGUGCUGAGAGUGCGGCUUGUGGGCGGGAGGGGGAGCCUGCCGCAGCAUGCGAGGGGGUGUGUGAGGAAGGCUGCUGCAGUUGGGACGUUUGUGCAUGGACAACCUCCCUCCCUUCCCCUCCUUCCCUUCUCUCCCCUCUUUCCCCACACUACCCUCUCCGCCUCCCCCCUUCCCCAGCAGCGGCGAUGCAUGCCGGAAAAUAGGGCUCACACUGGAGCUUCUACCACUGUCUGCCUUACUUCCGGUAUUCCCAAGGUUGCUCCCGGUAUUCCCAAGUAUCACAGCUCCUCCCCUGCCGCUGGCCCUCACUGGACUCUUGCCGGUGUUGCUGCUGGUGGUGGUGGCGGUGCUGCUGGUGGUGGGGGCGGUGCUGGUGGUGGUGGCGGUGCUGCUGGUGGUGGGGGCGGUGCUGGUGGUGGUGGCGGUGCUGCUGGUGGUGGUGGCAGUGCUGCUGUUCAUAGGGUUGCUGUUGCUGCUGUUGCUGCUGUUGCUGCUGCUGGAUAUACUCUUUCUGAGCUAUCUCCUCCUGGGGCAGGUGCAGCUGGGGGAGGCGAGGAGCGGGGAGGGCUAGGCGCAACUGGGGGAGGUGAUACCCUGGGAGCGCUGGCAGUUGGGAGCUUGGUUAUAAGGCUGGGAGGAGAAAGCAUUUCUGGUGUAUUUAUAUUGGAGCCAGAAAUUCCAACUUUUGUUUUGAAUGUUACGUUUGUAACAGCACCCGGACAAUUGUUCGCUGCAGCUUCUAGCCGAGCUGCUGCAUUCGCGAGUGUGGCUGCCGAACCUGCAGCUUCGGUCCGGAUGGCACGUGAGCGUUCGGCUGGGCUGUUCGGUGCGGAACCGUGA